AUGCGUCUUUCUCUUGCUAGCAUGCUUGCCUUCUACGCCGGGAGCACCGUGGCGGCCCCGGCACAAGGCUAUCACCAACCUGCCUCGAAAGGGUUCCGCAUGCAACACGGUCAAGAGACUGUCUUAGUGCAGCCUUUUGGCUAUGAUGGCUUUCGAGUGCGUGCCUGGCCUUUUCGCCCCCCAACGGGGCAUGAGGUCUGCUUCGUCUACGACCCUCCACUUGAAGGGCCCGAGAAUGGCGAGGCGCAUGGUAUGAGCUUCGAUACCGCCUUCAAUGGCAAUCAAUCCGAGGAGAUUCGCAAUGGCAACAUGAUUGUGCGCACGUCUGGCUGGGGUGGCAAUCCUGGUGGAUAUCGCCUGGCAUUUUACAGAGUGGAAACCGACGGCUCGGAAACCUUGCUCACAAACGAGUAUGCGCCGCUCAAAUCCAUCAAUCCAAGAUACUACUCGUGGACCGGCCCCGGAAGCGAGUUUGCCGCAGAGUUCUCCUUCAGUACAACACCCAACGAGCAAAUAUAUGGGACGGGGACCCAGCAGGAUCAUCUCGUUAAUAAAAAGGGAAUGACCACCGACCUUAUCAACUUCAAUACACAUAUUCCGACCCCAGUCUUUAUGAGUAACAGAGGCUAUGGCUUUGUAUGGAAUAUGCCUUCGACCGGUCGAAUGGAAUUUGGGCCGCUGCGCAACAAAUUCACUACAGAUGCAGCUACAGUGGUUGACUAUGUGAUAACAGCUUCAUCGAAACCCGGUGACUAUGACACGCUACAGCAACGGCUUUCCGCCAUUACCGGAAGAGGGCCCGUACCACCAGACUGGUCACUAGGCUAUAUCCAAUCGAAGCUACGUUAUGAAAACCAAAGCGAGGUGAUUCUUCUUGCGGAAGAAUUCAACAAACGUCAGAUUCCAGUGUCGUUGAUUGUUAUCGAUUACCAGUCGUGGGCUCACCAGGGUGACUGGGCCCUCGACCCACGUCUAUGGCCAGAAGUGGCUGAAAUGUCGCAAAAAGUCAAGCAGCUGACGAAUGCCGAAAUGAUGGCAUCUCUAUGGCCUAGCGUGUCGGAUAAUAGCGUCAACUAUCUAGACAUGAUGGCGCAAGGAUUCCUGUCUGCUACUCGAUCUGGCCCCGGAACGACUGACUCGUGGAAUGGGUCCUACAUUCGCAAUUACGAUUCGACGAACCCAGGUGCGCGGUCCUUUUUGUGGGAUAACUUGAAGAAACAUUACUUCGACAAGGGCAUCAAAAACUUCUGGAUUGAUCAGGCUGAUGGAGGAUCUCUCGGCGAGGCCUUCGAAAAUAAUGGCCAGAGCAGCUAUAUUGAAUCCAUCCCGUUUGCUCUUCCAGAAGUGCUAUAUGCCGCCGGUACACAAAGCAGCGUCGGCAAGCUUUACCCAUGGGCCCAUCAGCAAGCAAUCGAAGAGGGUCUUCGGAAUGUGACGUCCACCAAGAUGGGAGCUCCUUGUGAUUAUCUAUCGCUCAGUCGCUCGGGCUAUAUCGGUUCUCAGAGAUUCUGCAGUAUGAUCUGGUCAGGGGACACGACUGCCGUCUGGGAAACUCUCAGUGCACAGGUUGCCAGCGGUUUAUCCGCAGCUGCAACCGGCUGGGGUUGGUGGACUUUGGACGCUGGUGGGUUUCAAGCGGAUCCAACAGUGCCUUGGAGCGCCAAUAUCGACACCCCUGAAUAUCGCGAACUUUAUGUUCGAUGGCUACAGUGGACGACCUUUCUGCCGUUUAUGCGCACACAUGGUUCAAGGGCAUGCGACACCAAGGAUGCCUACACAUGUGCCAAUGAGCCGUGGUCGUAUGGUGCAGAGAACACCCCGAUCAUCGUCUCUUAUAUCAGUCUUCGCUACCAAUUGUCUUCAUACAUCCGUCAGGUCUUUUCUCAAUUCCAUAAGACCGGUCGUAUGAUAAUGCGCCCGCUCUACAUGGAUUUCGAAAUUUCAGACCCCCAGAUUUCCACGUGGACCCAAGAGAACAGCAACAUUACAACCCAACAGUACAUGUUCGGUCCGCGGCUCUUGGUCACGCCAGUCACCAAGCCAAAUGUGACCGAGUGGUCUGUUUACCUGCCACAGACACCCGGCGACGAGGUGAAGCCGUGGACGUACUGGUGGACCAACCAGACCUAUGCAGGGGGACAGGCAGUCACUGUGGAUGCCCCGGUCUAUCAUAUUCCGCUUUUCCACCUCGGACCCCGGUCGGAGAUUCUGACUGGCACAGUAUUUGCCUGA